UAGACAUGAAACGGCCGCAGUCGCUGUGGAUUGAGGCUGAUGAUGGUGAGCUCACAGAGACAGAGAUGAGUUGAGACAAGUCCCGUGGUCGAGCCGGUGUGAUGCGUCAAGCCGCUGAAUCAGCCACGAGGAUUUCCAAAAAAAAAAAGAAAAAGAAAGAAGAGAGGAUGGAAAAGAGGGGAGGAAAGUAGAGGAGAAGGGAGGAGGUGGAGGAGGAGGGUACAAAAAGCCUUCGCCUUCUUUUUGAGUGUGUCACACAUUUAAGACCACACAAGUGAAAGGAGAGAGGCUCCAUCCUCAGGGACACCUUCUUGAAAGCAUCACCUGCUUCAUCACUUUGCUGUUGAUCCAAAGGACUAAAAAGACAGAGGACACAUUUAAGGGCUCGCCUCAGCCUUUACAUGAACUUCUGAGAGAGCGAGAGAGAGAGAGAGAGAGAGAGAGAGAGAGAGAGAGAGAGAGCAUUGAAAGGAAAUAAAAGGAUUUUGAAGGAAAAUGACAUUUUGCAGAGUCCCUCAUAUCCACCUUGUCUUCCUGUUGGUUGUUGCCAUGGCAACAGCUGUAAAUUCAUCCCACAGCCUGACCAGUGAGAGGAGCUCAAUCGAGAGCACGUAUGAGCUGACCAAAUAUCUGGAGUAUCAGCUCAAGGAGAUCAAAGAUGUCUAUUUAACGUACCUGGGCCCACCGUUCAAUGAGAAAGACUUUUCCCCUCCGAGACCCAAUAGCACCGCUCUCUCCUUGCCCAGCGCUGCCACCCGCCUAGAACUGUGGCACGGCCUGGAGAACCAAGCCCGGCUGGCCCAGAACCAGAGGGCCUACUCCGUCCUGUUGGCGGCUGUGAGGGAGCUGGCCCGCUCAACCCUCUGCCCCUCCCUUAAGAUCUCCCUGCUGCACUUCUGCACAGGGCUGGAUGGGCUUCUGGGGUCAAUAUCGGCGCUGAUGACCACCCUGGGUUACGCCCUUCCUCCUUCAUCAAACCCUGGCGACGAGUACCAUCAGAUGGGGUCAGGGAGAGACCACCCGGCUGCGCUCAUCAGCAAGAGCUCAUACAGGUCCAGAACCAGGAUGAGGACAGAAAGACGAAGCGGUGCGAGGGAGGCCCGAGGGGAGAGGGAGGGCGACCUCAGUGUGGAUAUGAAGAGAACGAAAGCAGGGAGGCGAGUGGAGGUGGCCGCAGCUGGAGGAAGGAGCGGCGGAUCCAGGGACAAGGCAAGAGGAGACAGGAGGAGGAGGGGGAGGCGGGAGGAACCAGAGACCUGGAGUCUGGAAGAAGAGGAAGAAGUGGGUGGGAUGGCGAGAUGGGGGAGGAGGCGCUUGUUGAGCAUCAGAGAGGAUAAAGAGGAAGGAGAGCGCUUGAUCAUGGCCUCUCAGGAAGUUAGCAGGGAAGGAUACAGCUACAACUUCCAGCACAUGGACACACUUAGAAAGGAGGAUGGUGUCAUUGUGGAUGGGAGAAGGAGCCUUUUGCUCUCCUCAUCUCACCACCAGCACCGGCCUCCUCGCUCCCUCCUCUUCACCCCGACACUCCAACCGCCUCCAUCCUCCCUCUCCCUGCUCUACCGGGAGGACCACGCCCUGCUGACCACACCCUCCACGCUCAUCUCCUCCUCCACCUCGGUGCUCCUCUCCGUGCGGCCGACUAUGAAUGACUUUGCCCGGAAGGUGGAAGGGUUUUGGAUACUGCGCGAGCUGCAGAGCUGGUUGUGGCGAUCGGCAAAGGACUUUAACCGCCUCAAGAGGAGACUCCGAGGCUGAGAAAACACACACAUUGACAGUUUUUGCACUCGGGAUGGGCGUUUUACUACAUUUCCUUCAUUGACUAUGUCAAUUAAUCUGCUCUUUUUUAUGAAAUUCAUUUUGUGAAUGUUCGGAACUCCCAUUUCCAUGAUAGUGUUGUAUUCUAUUGUAUUAAUGUGGUCUGGAGGAGUACCACAGUGGAGGUCUGCAUGUAUGUAAGCCUGAUCAGAGCUCAUGUUGGGCUCCUUCUAGACCGCAAACUAACGAGACUGACUCAACAGCGCCCCUGAUGGGUGCAAUCAAGUACAGUAGUGCACUCCAAUUUGCUUCAAUUAAUCAAUUAAUUGGUGCCCAUCCCUAAUUUGCACUUUCUCACAUGUUAAGCCUCAUAUGGAAGUGGGAGCGCGAUCAGUAUUUGGCAGACAUUAGCACACACACGGUCGCUGGUCCACUGCUCACAGCCACAUACACACACCCACUGAGGUUAGCUUGGUUUACCGGACUUCACAGCUCAUAGAUCAGCAGAAAUACUGCUGCAGGUGGCUAGACAGACACACACACCGCACACACACACACACACACACACACACACACACACGCACACACACACCCCCACACACAUACACACACACACGGCUGAGUGACAGACAGUGCAGCCAUUGAGCGACAAACUGAUUCAGGACCACAAAUCGGGUGAAUCAGUAAACAUUCAUCAGAAAUGUUAUGAAUGGAACAGACACAAAAACGCCGGAAGGGUGAAGAGCUCGCAGACGAAAGACGCCGGAGGGGAGAGGAAGACGACAUGAGUCAGUGGACGGGCGCUGGAAAGAAAGGGCAGUGUGAGGGGGGGUAAUGCUGAGUAAGCACAAGUCGGCCGGUCAGUUACAGUAACUGUACAACAGCACUACACACAUUAGCAGACUGUGGUAUUUGCGCGCACACACACACACACACACACACACACACACACACACACACACACACACACACACACACACGCACACGCACACGCACACACACAUAUACACACACUUAAAGUGGAACUUCAAAGGUCGAACACUACUGUCCACCGUUUUAAUUUCCCACAGCAAACAUUUUGCAUUUCCAAAAUAAGAUAACGACUGUUCAAAUGCAGUUAUUGAUGACUGAAAGGUGAGCUGCUUCACGUAAAGUUAAAGACAGUCCAUUAUGUUCAUUAUCAUUGUCGACGUAGAGAGUGUGUACCGCUUUCCUACCGAUAUCAGUAUUUUACAGUUCCUAUUCUAUGUUCAUUUUUCACAAGAAUACUCCUAAGUGUACGACUGCCAGGGUGUUUGACUUUUGAGGUUCCACUCUACUUUGGUAUCGGACGGCCUUGACACACCGUUCACUCACUUUGUCUUCAUUUGUGUUUUAAAGAAGGGCUUUUCAAAGUGUGAAGGACUCUGCAAAAAUAAGGACCAAGGGUGUCCAAAGUGCGGCCCACGGCACAAUGUAGAAAUAAAACUUAAAAAAACAACAACAAGCGGUGGCAGUCUCAUGUGUCCCUGCAGUGAUCUCGUAGCCUGCCAUUACAGCUGAGCAAUGUGUCGCAAAGAAAGAACUAGAAAAGCACUCCGUGAGUGCAGACCUUCGGCAAGCGCCACAGUUCCCCCCAUAUUGUGAUUUACACCAAUACUAUUUGUCCUAUAUUUAUUUAGAUUCCUUGACCAUGAAAACAUACCAUUGAUGAAAAUUCCAAAGGUCUUCUAUUUUUUCAUAUUCUGGAUCAGAGUAUCUAGAAUUAUUCCAUUAUCUGGAUCAGUGUUUGAUAUUUUGUACAACCCGUUGGAAAUUUUGUGUGGAGUUAUAUGCACAAAUGCCAAAAAUGGUCCCAUCUCGCAAUGUUAAAGAAUCCUUCAAAAAAAUUCCUGGAUCCAAACGGUGAUCCGGAUCAGCCCCAAAAUUUAAUCAGCCAUUUUCGACAAUUCCUGAAAAUUUCAUCCAAAUCCAUUCAGAACUUUGCAAGUUAUUCAGAACACAAACAAACAAACAGCCAAACAAACAAACAAAAACAUAAUAAUAGGAGUGUAAAGGUGACUAUAGGGGUGUUAUUUCAUGUCUACAGGCCUCUAAUGGUAAAAAUUGUAUUUAGAAAGUCAUAAACAGGUUUUCUAUGCUCUAACUAGAAAAUAUUCCAUUUGUUAAUACCGAAUCCUACUAAUUCACUUAUCGUGGUUAGGUCUGUUACCAAGUCAUCGCGAUAAAAGAGGGACGAUUGUAUAACGUUUUUCAGCCUGUCUACCCUUUGUGGAAAAAGUUUGGACAUCCUUGCAAUAGUGGAGGGGGCACCACACAGCACAAUACCGCUUUCCUAAUUAACAUCAUAAUUGCAUGUAAAUCAUUUUUUUAAAUUUAUUUUUUUCUUUUUGUUAAUUUGUUUGCCUUUUAACUCUGCUGAAAUUAGAUUAGGAGCUUCAAAAGGUUUUUCUCUGUCACCGCCAAAGUCCUCGGACGUUGCUGUUUCAAAAGGACAAAUUCCUCAUGAAGAACAUAACUGCUUAUAAAUUAUGAAGCCGUCCAAAGUGUUCUCAUGAGAACUUAGUGGGAAACUAACACAAAAGUUCCAACUAUUUUCCUGCAACGUGAGCAAAACCCCUGCAGUGAUGCACAGAAAAAGGUUCAAAAAGUCCAACAUGUCCAGCACGCAUAUAAAAGAUGAGAUUUUGCCAUAAAAAUGCUCGACUUGUAGCAUCAAUAAUUUGAAAACGUGUAGGGGUCAGGGUAAUGGUUUAGAGAUAUUUUUACCUCAAUUCUUGUUAAUAUUUCAAUGUUAUCAAACAGCGCAAACAACUUGCCACUCAGGAUGAACUCCAAACUUGGUCAUAUUUCAUUUUGUCAGAUCAUACAUGAGAAACAAUGAUGAAUAUGUGCUUUCAUUGCACAUAUAAACUGCACCUUUGCAAACACAUGUCAGCCAGAGGAGCAAAAACAUGAUGCAGCAUGAUGGAGGUUAUAUCUAAUACGUGAGCAGGAGAAACUUGAUGCGCUGCUAUAAAUCUUCACCAUAGGUAUCUUUGACGAGGUUAUUGAUAACCACUCUUCUCACCCAUAAAUCCACUCUCACAGCACCAUGCGUGUGUGUGUGUUUUGUUGGCUUCACUUCAUAUUGUUUUUGGGCCAACUCAUACGUACUGCUAGUAUAGGGGAUAGUUUACAAGAGGAGCUUCAUGCACUCUUAUGUACUGGAAAAAGAAAACACAGCUUGGGUUUUGGAGAGGGUUGGCGCCAGGGAUUAGUGUGCAGGAGGUGGGGUUUGAUGCAGAAAGGACGCAGACCUUGCCCUCAGGAGCUGGCAUGGUAACACGCAUCUAAGCAUACAGCUCCUCUGUUUGUGGUUUGUGUUGCACAUGUGAAAGUGAUUAUUUAUGGCUUUUUGGUUUGUUUUUAACAAAAACUCACAAGUGGCUUGAUUUAUUUUUUUUGUUCUAGAAAGAAUCUAUUGUUUUGCUUUUGCCAUGUGCCUUAAUAAUGUACUUACAGGUUGUAAUACAGUACAGUGCAAAAGUCUGAUGCCAGGAUUAAAUAUGUUGUUUUAGCUUUGCUUUUGUCACAAUAUACUGUAUUAUCACAGUCUCUUUAUUAGAAAUUAACCAGAAAAUUAUAAAAUUCCUACUUUACUUGUAUUUAAUAUUACAGUCGCCCCUCGCCACAUCGCAGAAUGAACAUCACUCCCUCACUCUACUGCGGUUUUGGCUUAUUACUAGGCCAAAAAUAUUGAAAGACAAGUCAUAUGUAGUAUUCUGGUCAGUAAUGUUACACUGAUGAGACAUUACAUUACCUUAACUUGCAGCCAUGGAUGCACAGUCCGACAUGAUAAGACUGAAAAAAAAGUUGUCCCCCCAUUUCGUGUGGAGAUGGUACGUUUUUGGCUUCUUACUGUGUCCUUCUUCCCCACUCCGUUUGACACACUUUCUUAAGUGUAGAACAAAUAAAUUGGAGGCUAACCAGUUACGUCAGUAGCUUGCUAUAUGCUAAGAGCGGCCGCCGUCUCUCAUGUCCCUGUAGUGAUCCCGUAGCCUGUGCAUUAGUGUUAUAGUAGGUGUAAAGGUGACUAUAGGGGUGUUAUUUCAUGUCUACAGGGCUCUAAUAAUGGUACAAACUGUAUUUAAAAACUCAAACAGGUUUUCUAUGCUCUAACUAUGAAAAUAUUCCAUUUAUUAAUAUUGAAUCCUACUAAAUUCACUUAUCGCAGUCAAGUCAGGAAGCAAUUAACCAUGAUAAAACGAGGGACGACUUGUAUUAUAUAUUUUUGAAAAUAGACACAAUUAAUAAUAAAAAAGAACAAUUAAGGCAUGUAAAGUUGCAAGUCUCUUCAACAUAAUCGUUGCCUAUUUAUUGUUUUACUGUGCGCAACUGACAAAGCUAGCGGUGUCCUAAUACUUUUGCACAGUACUGUAUCUAUAGUAUUUAUUGACAGAGAUGCUUAUUUAUUUUUUAUCCGGUGUGAAAAUACUGUAUCAAGAGAAUAAAUACUAUAGCUUUUGUACAGAAUGUGGUAUUUCUGAUCAUUUCGGAAGGUUUUUUUUUGUUAUUUAGGGAUAGGUGAUAAACACAAUGGGAUAGCCGAAAAGGCGGGGCUCUUAUUUGCCUGUCCGGGUGAAAAUUUACGAUGCUUCCUCUUUCAUCUUUCCCUUUCCCGACUCCCACCGCAUCGUUCCGCCUCCCUCUUCGCUCCCUUUUCUCAUGCCACUAUCUCACGAAGCUCCUCUUCCCACAAAACAUCCCUCUGAACCCGUGACA